UGAAGAUAAAUUCGAGUUCCAUCUCCCUGCAUUUAGCAGUUCGUGUUGCAAGCUGUCAGGUAUAGCAGUUCCAUUACUCAGCAGGAAAAUAUGAAUUGUGAAUUAAGUGAUGUUUAAGAUAUUUACUUAAAACUGGUCAUUUUACAGUCACCGUUGAUUCUAUGGGAGAAAUAUAUAAAUAGACUGAAUAUGCCAUAUUUCGCUGUUUAUGAAUUAAAAAGACUCUUGACUCGAAUAUGAAAAUGACAGCCGACGGAAAAAAAGGAGCAAAAGCGCAGUAAAUAAAAUAACACAAUGUCCACCAUUUUACGAGACGCAUAACAUCACUCACGCGAUCACAUCAUCAAACUAAAGUAUAUAUCGGAUCGUACGUCACUGAGGUCGGCUGUCUCUCCAUGAAUAAUGAUGGCAUUUUCCGGAGCUCUGUUAGCCAAGGGGACGGGGACGCAUGCGCAGCCGGUCCUCGAGAGUAGGAAGGGAGAGGACGAAAGGACGAGCGAGUGUUACUGCUUCGGAGGCCGAGGGCGCAGACAUCGAGGUGUUGUACUUGGCCUACGAACCAGCCCCAUGAAGCUCCUCUGCCUGUUAUCACUCCUGUACACGGCCUACCCGAGCCAGGGCAUAACCCCAGCCGUGUGGUACGUGAGCCAAAGCGAGCAAUUCCAGUUCGUCUACGUGCAAGGCGGGAUCAUAGAGGACGCUCCUGUGACUGUUCGUUCGCAGAGUCUGUGUGAAUGUCGCAACCAGUGCAUGAUGCUGACUGACUGUGCCGUCGCUUCCUUUCUGGAUUUAGGAGCCCAGAGUGAGUGUCGGCUGAGCAAGACUAAUCUGGCCAGCACUCAGGUUGGUCCCCAUCACAACGCCUCGCUUUUGAUAUGGAAGAAGUCUCCCGACACGAACCACUGGAUCGGCCGAGAUGGGCGGGCCUACCUGUGGCUUCCUCAGCAGGUCCUGGUCAGCGAAGCCAAGACCUUCUGCAGUAGGAUCCCGGGGUUCCGUCUCGGCGUCUAUACGUCGCCGGCGUCCUACGAGGUCCUCAUGAACUUCUACAAUAUUGACAAGACGGACGUGGCCAUCGACCUGAACCUGGUGGACUCGACCCCGACCUGGGCAGACGGCACCACAUUCCAGGAGACCCGCGCCUUCAUCAGCCUGCCAAUCAACGGAAUGUUGCAGCCUUUCUACACACUCUCGGGCGGCGCCUUCAACGACCGCGAUGGCACCAGGAAGGCCAGGGUCCUGUGCCAAGCUGAUCUUGUGAACGGAAAGGCCCCUUGAGAUGCCGAAGGGAAUGGAUCCGCGCGGAGGAAGGCCUGCGUGCAUGUUGACGGC